GGGGAUUGCCAUGGUCGCUCAAUUUCGACCGCAUCGGCGAUUGCCACAUUAUUGCUGACAACCGUCUUAUUUCCUACGGCCACACGGAGGGGUAAUUUGCGGGUGGCGUUGGUUGGGGUCAACUCUUUUCUCGGCAUGCAGAAGCAACGGGGUGACGUGGCGGCCGCACUCUCCCAUGUUGAUAUACAAGAAUGGGCUGCAGCGUUGAGGGGGAGGUCGUACGAAAGAAGCUAUCACCGAAUGCAUCCGAGCGCAUGCCCUACCCGAUCAUUUGCUCCCAACACCCGGUACACCCGUCAUCGGCUCCGCCAAACUGCACCCCUCCCCCCACCAUGGCUGCAACAUCUCCUAUGAAAGCCCGGACCUUCUCAAACACCAUCUCGAGCAUGGACACCCCCGUUGGCGGCAGUGGAGACGCAAAUGACACGAGUAAGGAUGUUGAACCGUUCAUUUGCCGCGUACUGGUCGAUGAUGACGCGGAACACGAAACUGUGCAACGGGUACGCGGACAAAGGUGCAAUGCGAGAAACCGCAUGCGAACUUGGGGAGACUUGAAGUACCAUUUGAUCCGUGCGCAUGGGCUGGACGACGAGAAGUGCGAGAGAUGGCUGGCUGUCGCAAAGGGUCUCGACGAGGCUAAGAAAGUUUGGAGAGCCCCUCCAACCAAGGCCCCUCGCCCUACCAAGAAAGCCAAAGUCAAAGUCAAAGAGAAAAGCCAGAAACAAAAGCACGAUGAGGCCCUGGAGACGCUAUUCAUGGAAACACAGCUGCCAACCCGUGAACAGCCUGAGCCGAUAUCGCGGGAGACAGGGAUGCAGGACUACAAGGUGUUGAAGUGGUUUGCGAAGAAGCGCGAGGCACUCGAGGAACUCGAAAGUGGGGGGGCAAGAAACGAUGGCCACGAACCGAAAGAAGAUUCUUGCCGAGGGAGACGAGGAGAAUGUCCCACCACAUGAAGGGGUAUAGCCUCUGAACAGGUGGGUCCUACAUGCUGGAUCAACGGAUUCAUUUAUUGAUGAUUGUUUUGGAAGCCUUAACAGUAUUACAGUAGGAUGCCAAAACGGACGUU